UACGAGCUCAUUAACCGUCCGUUCGUACGUCCGAACACAACAUUCUCAUUACAUAUUGUUUAUCAAUCGUUGUUUCCGAUCCGACCGAUCAGCAGCAGAUCAUUGGUUUGUACCAUAUUUCCAUCAGUGGUCCAUAAGAGAAAAGAUCAUUUGAAGAACAGUCUCAAGAAAUCUGACUCGUCAUAUCGCACAAUGUUUCGUUCAGCAUUGAGAAUCGGUUGGAUCGGAUUGAGCCGUGGUCAGCAGCAGCAGAAGAAUAGUAAGGCGGCCGUGAUGGUGAUCCAAAGUCGCUGGAUAGCAGAAACUCGACUUGAAUCGAAUGCUUCCGUAUUGGCCAGCUACAGAUCGUUGAAACAACCAGCUGAUGCUGUCAUUGCCGAAUACAUCUGGAUCGAUGGUUCUGGAGAGAAUGUUCGAAGCAAAGGACGAACGUUGAAUUUCGUUCCAAAAAGCGUACAGGAACUGCCUCGUUGGAACUUUGAUGGUAGUUCCACCUGCCAAUCGGUGGGCGAAAAUUCUGAUGUCUAUUUGAAACCUGUACGAAUUUAUCCCGACCCCAUGCGUCAAGGUCAAAAUAUUCUGGUAUUAUGCGAGACAAUCAACUAUGACAACACGCCACAUGUAACCAACAAACGCCACACCUGUGUUCAAGCUAUGGACAAAGCUGCAGUUGAAGAACCUACAUUCGGCCUUGAACAAGAAUAUUCGUUGCUAGACGGAAACGAACCGAACAAAAUGUUUGGCUGGCCAACCGGUGGAUUUCCCGCUCCUCAGGGGCCAUACUAUUGUGGAGUAGGUGCAGGCAAAGCAUUUGGUCGAGAUGUUAUUGAAGCACAUUAUCGAGCGUGUCUCUAUUCGAACAUUGAAAUCAGUGGUGUGAACGCUGAAGUGAUGGCUUCUCAAUGGGAGUUUCAGGUUGGCCCCACCAUUGGUGUACGUGCAGCCGAUGACCUUUGGAUAGCCCGUUACCUUCUACAUAGAAUUGCUGAAGAUUUUAACAUUGGCGUAACGUUCGAUCCAAAACCGAUGACAGGUGAUUGGAAUGGCGCUGGUUGUCAUGCAAAUUUCUCAACAAUCGCUAUGUCAUCAAAAGGGGGUAUGAAAGUGAUCGAGGCAGCCAUGCAAAAAUUGGCCAAAAAUCAUCACAAGCACAUCACUCAAUACGAUCCGAAAGGCGGUUUGGACAACACCCGACGAUUAACGGGUAAACACGAGACAUCGUCAAUGGAAAAAUUUAGCUAUGGUGUGGCCAAUCGAGGAGCUUCGGUGCGAAUUCCACGUAGCGUUGCCGAUAAAGGUUACGGUUAUCUUGAAGAUCGCCGGCCAGCAUCAAACAUGGACCCUUAUGUAGUGUGUGAAUUAUUGGUACGAACCAUAUGUCUAGACGAGUGAAUUAUUACACUUGUCCCUUUAGGCUUUAAUCAUAUUGCUAGCUUUUUAUUAACCGAAUUGAUGUUCAAUUGUUUGGCCAACCGUUCGCUAAUUGGACGGCGUUCCUUUUUGUUUUGUUUGAUGAAUUUUUAAUUAAAAUUUCAAUUUAUUUCAA